AUGAUAAGUGGAACGGGCCCAGCACCGAAUCAGCCCGACACUGUCGCAUUCUGGCACAGCCUGUGGUCAGAGCCCGUAAACCACAGUGAGGGCUCUUGUACGGAAGUUGUGGCAUGUCAGUGUGCGAGUAUUACGCCCAUGGACCUCGUCAUCAUAACGCCGGAUGACGUAGCUGAGGCGGUCCGUAGAGCUCCGAACUGGAAAAGUCCGGGACUCGACGGGCUGCAUCACUACUGA